CUUCAAACACAAUAAAAUCUUCAUAUUAAAAUUAAAUUAGGCGUUCCACGAAAAAUCUAGUAUACAUUCUUCAAAUUUUAUAAUUCGAAGUAAACAAAAACAUAGGAUGCGAAUUGCGAAGUUGGAAACAUUUCAUUUGCGGAAAAUAAAAUUUUCCGAAAAUUUUAUUUUAUAAAAUUAUUUAUCAUCACAAGAAUCAAACGAAACACAGAAGGACAGACUUUUCCCCCCUUUCAUUUGAAUUCAGGUCCCCUCUCCAGUUUCAAAUUCGUAAAGCUCGGAAGCCUUCCGCCGUCCACUGAUCUUUUCCAUUUUCCUCUGCAGCUCCGCUUUUGCAUCUCUAGCUCUACGUUUUCGAAAUCCAGUCCCUCUUUCUUUCUCACUCUCAGAUCCUAUCUGUUUUCUCUAAAACCCUAGUUUUCAUAGCAUACGGUCACUCACACAAUGACAGCGGUGGUUACGCCGGUCGCCGGCAGGGAGCUGUCGAAUCCGCCAUCUGAUGGCAUCUCCAACCUUCGCUUCUCAAACCACAGCGAUCAUCUCCUCGUUUCGUCGUGGGACAAGAGUGUUCGAUUGUACGAUGCGAGUGCAAAUCUGUUGCGAGGGGAGUUCAUGCAUGGAGGUCCCGUCUUGGACUGUUGCUUCCACGACGAUUCGUCGGGGUUUAGUGCUAGCGCGGAUAAUAAUGUGAGGAGGCUUGUUUUCAACUAUGGCAAGGAGGAUAUUUUGGGAAGGCAUGACGCCCCUGUCCGUUGUGUUGAGUACUCUUAUGCAGCAGGUCAAGUCAUCACGGGUAGUUGGGACAAAACCCUGAAGUGUUGGGAUCCUAGGGGAGCAAGUGGGCAGGAGCGCACUCUUGUUGGGACAUAUGUACAACCUGAGCGUGUUUAUUCUCUAUCUCUUGUUGGCAAUCGUCUAGUAGUAGCAACUGCUGGUAGACAUGUAAAUGUCUACGAUUUACGGAAUAUGUCUCAGCCUGAACAACGAAGGGAAUCUUCAUUGAAAUAUCAAACUAGAUGUGUGCACUGUUAUCCCAAUGGAACAGGUUUUGCUCUUAGUUCUGUUGAAGGCCGGGUUGCGAUGGAAUUUUUUGAUCUCUCUGAAGCUUCUCAAGCCAAAAAAUAUGCAUUCAAGUGUCACCGAAAAUCAGAAGCUGGAAGGGACAUCGUCUAUCCUGUUAAUGCCAUCGCUUUCCACCCCAUCUAUGGCACGUUUGCCACUGGGGGUUGUGAUGGUUUUGUGAAUGUUUGGGAUGGAAACAACAAAAAGAGGCUGUAUCAGUACUCAAAAUACCCAACUAGUGUUGCAGCAUUGUCCUUCAGCAGAGAUGGUCGUCUGUUGGCUGUGGCAUCCAGUUAUACAUUUGAAGAGGGAGACAAGCCCAGUCAUGAACCAGAUGCCAUUUAUGUUCGAAGCGUAAAUGAAGUUGAAGUUAAGCCAAAACCCAAAGUGUAUCCUAAUCCUCCUACAUAAGUGGAACUUGCAGAUAAACCUCUUGUUCUGUAUUAUACACCUUAUAGCUUCAUUUCUUCCUUGUGAAGCUGCUUGAACCUGAAAUGGGAACUCAUCUAAAAUCUAGAGAAAAUGUUUUUUUCUCCCUUUAGUUUCAUUUUCUUGCAACUUGAUGACAUUGCACGGCAUUACAGUUUUCAGAAAAUGUGUAUCAUUGUUGUCAUCAAAUUAUUUUGAAACCAACCUUAAUUCACCUUCUCAAA